CAGUAACCAACUCCUAGCAAAGUGGACUCCAUGUUUGGAGCUUGGAGAGAACUCAUUAUUCAUUCAAAGACACCAAUGCCAUUUUACAACUUCCCAGGGUCCUUGCUAUAUUGUACUAAUCUGUACUAGUCUAUACAGCUGAGCCUCGGUUGUAUAUCAUCUCAGAUCCGUACAAGGCGUAUGUAGCAGUCUCUCGUGCAUACCCAUCAUUGCACAGCUUCAAAAUGGAGACAGGCACGGAAAGCCUGAUUAGCCACCUCAAAUCAGUCCUCCUCGAACUCAAUGCCAACCCCUAUCCCGAAGUACCUUGCCCACCCAACACUCCCCGUCGAGCCUCUGUAGCCAUUAUUCUCCGAAUCCAACCAAAUUAUUCACACUGGCCUGCGAUCUCGUCAGCGUUACCGCCUAUACAGCAUCCGAGUACAGGGCGCCGGAAGUCUUCCAGUGCAAGCUCAACCCAUAAGCUUUCCUUCCAAUCGAUACUCGACGCUUUCUUUUCGCAAGAUUGGGUCCGUCAUGGCGAUCCGGAGAUGCUGUUUAUAAAGCGUGCCACACGGGAGGGCGACAAAUGGAAUGGACAUGUUGCUCUACCAGGCGGCAAGCGAGAUCCGGAGGACGCAGACGACGAAGUGACAGCCGUGCGCGAGGCCAUGGAAGAAGUAGGCAUUGACUUGUCCUACGCGCACGCGUUGGCCGUCGGAAACCUCCCGCAGCGCGUCGUCACAACCUCAUGGGGCAAAGUUCCACUUAUGGUGCUGUGCCCCUACGUGUACCUCCUCACAUCGCCUGAGUACCCGGCUCAACGCCUGCAGCCGACGGAGGUUGCUUCAACGCAUUGGGUGUCACUCCGCGCACUCAUGUCUCCCGCCCUUCGUACCUACGAAUAUGCUGACGUGUCGAACCGUCUUGCAAAAUCGGAACUUGGUAUCAAACGCUGGUUUCUGCAGACUAUGCUCAGCCAGAUGAUGUUCGCCGCCAUCCGUCUCGUUCCCUCCGCAAGUACGUACUGCAGCUCGAUACCGGGUUUCAUCCCGGCCCCAGAUUCCGCACAUCAUAACACGGCAUUUGGAAAACUGAAAGAAGUGUUACUGGGUCCGGAAACUGCAUACCCGACUGCCCGCCAACGACCGCCCCUUCUACUGCUGUGGGGCUUGACUUUGGGAGUCGUAUCUGAUUUCCUCGAACAUAUACCUCCACAUAACGCCCUAGAACUGUGGACAUACCCAACCUUCACCAACUGGGACGUCCGAUUUACAAUGUGGGCCAUGUCCUACCGAUUCAGGAAGCGCAAAGCUGCAGAGAUGAGCUCAACCGAAGUCCGUAAUAGAACUGUCGGCACGGCACAUGAUGGACCAACUGUAGAUGAUGACGUAUCCAGAGGGAAUCUGCCUGAGCAGGUAUCCGACGAUGCCACCGGACAAGAGAAGCCCGGAGAGGUGGGCAUAGCCGGGUUAGGUGUGGGUCGGGACUGGGGUAGACGUGGAAGGGACAAGAUGAUUGCAAGGGGUGCAGCUGUGAAUUCCAUGCUCGAGGGAUACUAUCCGAUUGUUAGGAGGGCAGUAGCUGUUGCCUUGAUAGGGAGGCUUUCUCUCGUUUCCCUUGUACUAGCAUAUCUCUGGAAGAGAUAUAGAAGGAAUACAUAGACGAGGGACUGUGUAGGUGAUACCCUAUGUUUCUGUAAUAUACGGGUCCAAUUAGACGGAAAAUUUCAACAGAUGAAAAAUAUAGUGUCAGUGCCUGGAGGGCAUUGGUGCGUUCAGUUAAUAGAGAGCAUAGGUC